AUACAGCAAAUGCGGAGAAACCAAAGUUGAGAAAAUCUUCAAGCAGGGCAACACUAUCAUGAAUCAGUCACCAGCUGCGAAAAAAUUCUGACAAUUCAUUGACUUUCGUUUAUUUUUCCCGUGAGCGACCAUAAUUGUUGGAAAAUUGCAAAAAUUGUGAAACUUUCUUUGUUUUUAUUUAACGAUAACAAGGCAGGAGAGUCGUGAAGGACGAGCACAAUAAAUAUUUGACACUCACGAAAGGCAAGCGAUCGCACCAAAUGAAUGUCGAUUCCUUCCAGCAGUCGCUAAAUCAAUCGCUGCAAAUUCUCAUAUUAAAGAUUGAACAAUUCGUGGGAGUAGCAGUGCAAGCAGCGACAUUACUUCAACGCCAAUUCGCUGAGGCAACAAGAAAUUGGAGUAGUCCUAUUGAGUUUUCGCCACUACAGUUGACGCUAUUGAAAGUGCUACUGGUGCUGCUACUGGGCACUGCUGGACUUAUUGCGUAUUCGUGGCGUGUUUACGGCAACGUAAUUACUGAGAAAUUCGUGCGGGCACACUUAAGGAAAUCGAAGAGCUGAAGUUAUCGGUCGCUAAAUUGAAGUUACCUAAAGAACAUUCACCUCGAAUUUAGAGCAACUUCUG